AUGACAAGCAACACCGAAAACAACAAAGCUAAUAGCAAAUCAGCAACAGUAGAAACAGUUGAAUCAGUAUGGGACAGAUACUCCUCUCCUCUACAGGAGCGUUAUGCAUCAGCAGCUAUGCUUUCUCUGUUUUCACAGCGCCACCGCAUCAAUCUGUGGCGAAAGCUAUGGAUUAAUUUAGCAACAGCACAACGUGAAUUGGGACUGACACAAAUCACAGAAGAAGCACUUAGGGCUAUGCAAGAGCAUUGUCAAGCAACAGAUGCAGAACUUAAGAUGGCACGAGCAGAAGAAUGCAAAAGCCGCCAUGAAGUAAUGGCACAUGUACAUGUCUUUGGAAAGAUUGCACCAGAAGCUCACGGUGUUCUGCACUUGGGUGCAACAUCAUGUUUUGUAAUGGACAACGCAGAUCUACUGAUAAUGCGUGAAGGGCUUGACUUAUUGCUUGGAAAGAUAGCAAGGGUUAUAUCACAGCUUUCUGAGUUCUGUAGAACAUACAAAGCUUUGCCAAUGCUUGGGUAUACACAUUACCAACCAGCACAAUUGACGACAGUCGGAAAAAGAGCAGCAUUGUGGCUGCAGGACUUUGUAUGGGAUUUGCGGAAUCUGCAACGAGUACGAAAAGAUCUGUGUUUUCGUGGAGUAAAAGGAACUACAGGAACACAAGCAUCAUUUUUAACAUUGUUUGACAAUGAUCAUGAAAAAGUCGAGCAAUUGGAUGCACGUGUAACAGAACUUUCUGGGUUUGAACGAACAUACAAAGUGACAGGGCAAACUUAUUCACGUAAAGUUGAUGUAGACAUACUGGGAGCAUUGGCAUCAUUUGGUGCAUCAGCACACAAAACAGCAACAGACCUACGGUUACUUGCCAGUGAGCAGCAAAUUGAAGAACCAUUUGAACCGGAUCAAAUUGGGUCAAGUGCAAUGGCAUACAAACGAAAUCCAAUGCGUUCUGAGCGAAUAUGCGCUCUAGCACGGCAUUUGAGUGUACUAUUUACAGAUGCAGUAAUGACACAUUCAGUUCAAUGGUUUGAGCGAACACUUGAUGAUAGUGCAAACAGAAGAAUUUGCAUUCCAGAGGCAUUUCUUGUUGCAGAUGCAGUACUGGAGCUCCUUAUUAAUGUUACAGGAGGUCUUGUUGUAUAUCCAAAUGUAAUUGCAAAAAUUAUCUUAAAAGAACUGCCAUUCAUGGCGACAGAAAACAUUAUCAUGGCAAUGGUCCGCAAAGGUGGAAAUCGACAGGUUUGUCAUGAAAAAAUCCGGAUUCUUUCAAAGGAAGCAUCUCGUAUUGUAAAGGAAAAAGGAAAAGAUAAUGACCUUAUCAAACGUAUUAAAAGUGAUAUAUAUUUCGAACCAAUAUGGGCUGAACUUGAUACUUUGCUUAAUCCACAGACAUUUAUCGGUCGUGCUCCUGAGCAAACAGAAGCUUUUUUGAAUACUGAAGUAACACCUGCUCUAGAACCAUUCAAGAACAAGCUUACGGAUCAAAAUGUUGAGCUAAAUGUAUAG